AUCCCACAACUGGAAGUAACUGCGGACUAACAAAAAUGGCUUGUUUGACUGACUGUUUGUUGUGCCCCCUCCUUUUUUGGCCGGCUUUAAUUGGCGGAGCUGCUUACUUUCUGAGGAAAUACAUGCAGGGCGGUCAGUUUACCAAGCAGACCGAUGAAACCGGCAAGGUGUUUAUUGUCACCGGUUCCAACACGGGAAUCGGCAAGGAGACAGUCCUGGAGAUUGCCAAGCGCGGAGGAACUGUGUACAUGGCCUGCAGGGAUAUGAACCGAUGCGAAAAGGCCCGCCAGGAUAUCAUCAGGGAGUCGGGUAACAACAACAUUUUCGCCCGCGAAUUGGACUUGAGUUCGCUGGAAUCCAUUCGUAAAUUCGCUGCUGGUUUCAAAAAGGAGCAGGAUAAGCUUCAUGUCCUGAUCAACAACGCUGGAGUUAUGCACUGUCCCAGGACCCUGACCAAGGAUGGCUUCGAAAUGCAGCUGGGAGUCAACCACAUGGGACACUUCCUGCUCACCCACUUGCUGCUAGAUGUUCUGAAGAAAACUGCACCCAGUCGCAUCGUAAACGUUUCCAGUCUGGCGCACACUCAAGGAUCCAUCAAUGUUGAUGACUUGAACAGUGAAAAAUCCUACAGUAGGAUAGGUGCCUACAGCCAGAGUAAACUGGCCAACAUUCUGUUUACCCGGGAAUUGGCCAAGCGUCUGGAGGGAACUGGAGUCACAACUAAUUCCCUGCAUCCCGGAGCUGUGGACACGGAGCUGUCGAGGAACUGGCCCAGCAUUGUGUCGUUCCUGGUGAGGCCCCUGCAAUUGAUUCUCUUCAAGACUCCUGUGAAUGGAGCUCAGACGACGCUCUACGCCGCUUUGGACCCUGAACUGAAGGAGGUGUCCGGACUGUACUUCAGCGACUGUAAGGCCAAGGAUGUGUCAGCAGCUGCCAAGGACGAUAAGACUGGAAAGUUCCUGUGGGCAGAGAGCGAGAAGUGGACAGGCGUAAAUAAAUUGGACUAGAUAAAAUCUAUAUUCCAUUAA